AGGGGCGGGGGGGCCCGGGCGUGAGCGGCCCCCUCCCCUUCCCCCUGCCCGUGUGUGUGGGGAGGAUCCCUUCCCAUUUCAGCUUGGCCUUUGCUAUGCUGCGUUCUUGGUAUCUUCUUCCUUAGUAUUUGCAAAUGAAAAUGGAGGAAAUGACUUUGUCGGGCCUGGAUAACAGCAAGUUGGAGGCUGUGGCUCAUGAUAUAUAUACUGACUUGGUUGAGGACGCCUGCCUGGGCUUGUGCUUUGAGGUGCAUCGGGCUGUCAAGUGCGGCUACUUCUUUCUGGACGAGACAGACCCUGAUAGCAUGAAGGAUUUUGAAAUUGUGGACCAGCCAGGGCUGGAUAUCUUUGGACAGGUCUACAAUCAGUGGAAGAACAAAGAAUGCGUUUGCCCAAACUGCAGCCGAAGCAUCGCUGCCUCGCGCUUCGCCCCACACUUGGAGAAGUGCCUUGGUAUGGGCCGGAACAGCAGCCGCAUUGCCAAUCGCAGGAUAGCCAGUAGCAACAACAUGAACAAAUCAGAGAGUGACCAGGAGGACAACGACGACAUCAACGAUAACGACUGGUCAUACGGAUCUGAGAAGAAAGCCAAGAAGAGAAAAUCUGAUAAGAAUCCCAAUUCACCCCGAAGAUCCAAGUCCAUGAAACAUAAAAAUGGGGAGCUGAGUGGAAACCUGGACCCAUUUAAGUACAACAACUCUGCUGGAGUUAAUUAUGAAACGCUGGGUCCCGAGGAGCUCCGCACACUGCUCACUACAGAAUGUGGGGUGAUCUCGGAACACACCAAGAAGAUGUGCACACGGUCUCUGCGCUGCCCCCAGCACACGGAUGAACAGCGGAGGUCAGUCAGGGUCUACCUCCUAGGACCCUCUGCCUCACUUCCUGAGACAGAAGGAAGUGUGGAGAACGACAGUUUUGAUGUGGCAGAGAAUCAGGCCCUCAUGAGCCGACUGCAGUGGGACGGGUCUUCAGACAUCUCGCCUUCCGACUCAGCCUCAUCAAAAACAAGUACAAACAACUCAGAGUCCCGGAAAACCAAAAAGAAGAAGCCACACAUGAGCCUGGUGGGGGGCGCUCCCGGGAUGAGCUCCAACAAGAAGAAGCUGAAGCCGAAGCCCCUCGCUCCUCCCACCCCCAGCCUCUACGAUGACAUCAACUGAAUGACUGACAGUGGGACAAGUCAGGAUGAAAAGGCAAACGGGGCCAAGCCCCGGCACACUUUGGACCCAGCACGGGGGAAGGGAGAUAGACUACAUCUUCUCACACGUCUGUGUUUUUUAAUGGAACUGAAGAGAGGUGGUUGCAUGUCUCCCCUUUCCUCCUUCCCCCUACCUCUUUUGACUCACCUCGCACAGCUCACCUUUGUGUCCCUUGGGUGUGGAAUGCAAGCACUGGACUGCCGGGGGACACUCACCUCUUCUGAGGGGAGAAGUGGGCAUGGUUUGAGGCAGGGCCUCGAAGAUGGGCCAUGCCUCCACUGGCCAAGGCGUGGCCAUUCCCCCCCCCCCUUUCCGCACGUGUCUAUUUAUUGUGAUGUUGGUGGACAUUCAAUCAUGGCUAUAUACACAGCAGCAGCAGCAUAUCACUUAGCAACACUAGAGACGGCUGGGUGAGGGCGGGGGGUUGUUGGGCUGUCUUAUUUCCCCUGAGGCCUUCUGCUUUGCCAGGCCUGGCUUGGGAAGGAACGCCUUUCUGUUUUCUCCGUUCCCACUUCCUCUGUCUGCCUCCUCCUCAAUUCAAGCAACUGGCAUGGAGUGAGAGUUGUCCCCCUCUCUGGGCUUUUGCCAUGAUCCGUUGUCAAGAGGGUUUGUGGACAGCGGUCAAUGCUGUGUUGUGGCCUUGUGGCUUCUGUUACAGCAGCCCUGCCCAAUCCGAGCAAAGGUGGAGCAGGGCCGGAACAGAGGCUGGUUGUGGGGUUGCGGCUGGCAUCGUUUAACCAUUUCCCACUUGACUUCGUUUCCAAGGUCUUGUAUGAAGCAGUGUUACGGAUGGACAGGGGCAGUUUCUUUUCUAUGCAUGUUGGGAAGCCCGUGCAGAUACUGGCUUCCCAAGUCACACGAAGGCCUGCCUGCCCACCGUCUGAUUUUGCCCACUUGAAGAAAGCCAUUGGAGGGUGGUGUUUGGUACAUCUCUUGUACGCAAGGGUUAUGGCUUUGUACACAAAGACAUGCUACACAGCUCUGCUAUUUAACAUCUCCCAAGGAGAAGUUCAUGGGGACCAGAGAGAAUGGCUGAAUUGUGGCCCAUCAUCUGUUAGUUCUUUGCUACUGUAGUAUAUUUGAGCGAUCGAUGGCUUCGCUGAUCACUCUUUUUGCGAGUCUGAGCAAAUCUUGCUGCAUUGUUCACAGACAAAGGGAAGGGUUGGGGGCAGGCAGGUUGAAGCGUGUGAGGGGAAUGUGAGCUCUCAGUGAGUGCAAGAUGCCAUUUCUUUUGCUUCUCUCCUGUGCCACCCGUACAACCCCCUUCCCAGCCCCAGUUUUAUUCCUUCUGCCAAUAGCUGCCAUUUUUAAGAUCUAGUGUCGUUAAGUCUUGGUGGUCCAACAUCUGCAGAUGGCUUGAAAUGUCAUGAAACUAUGGCUGGAGUCUGGGCAAUUUUUAGUCUUCUUUCCCUCCACCCCCACCCCAGUGUUUUCCUCCUCUUUUUUCUUCUUCUUCUUUUGCAUUCUUUCCCAGUUUUAAGAAGCUUCUGGAACAGGAAGAGCCUCGUCCCCUCCGCUGAUCAAGCUGUGCAAGACUAAUGCAUAUAGGAAAGGUUAUUUUGCACAGUUUCUUCACCCCAAAAUCAGGCUUUCCCAAUAUGGGUCAGUUUAAGCAGGCUUGCACAAUGGUGUGAUGGUCUAUUUUUAAGAAUCUGGCAUCUGCUGAGGGUGGCAGCUGAUUCUUAAGUGAGGUCUGGAUUUUUCCCACAUUUUUCUCAUAGCAGUUUGCGGGGGGGUUGGGGGAGGAAUCCAGCAGAGGAUCCUGCUUUGCCACCAGCAAAUUCCCCGAGUUUGGUUCUAAAGAAAAGGAUGCCAGCGUUCCUGACCUUCAGGUUUGCAGAAGUGGAAAUUCUGUGGCUGAGUUCUUCUUAGCGUGUAAUUAAACUCUCCCUUUACGUAGAAAAUUGGCAUGUCGGCCUUGUCCUCAAACAUGCCAGUUCUUGGGAGGUCUGGAAAUGUUGGAAGUCUGCCCUUUACCUAAGCAUGAAACCCAGCACCAGCGUCACCUGCAGGCAGAAGGAGCACAUUUGGGGAACAACUUGACUGCAUGCUUACUUUUCAGAGAGCUCCCUCUCCAGGAACGGCACUCGGUAUCUUUCUGGUGUACCCUUGGAUGUUCCAAGGCUUCUAUGUUCCCGUGUGUAUGGCUGGUUCUGCUGCCCUGCAGCUGAGAAGAGGAGAUGCUAAGGACUGGUGAGGGCCCAGGGGACUGAGCUAGGAGGUGGGAGUGAUUCACCCAGCAGAUGUUGAUAUUACAUGUUCUUGUCUCUUCCCUGCCUACUCACCUUUUGUGGCUGUGGGUUGUUUCCAGGGGUCCCAGGCAGAAAGACAGCAUUUGAAAGGGGUGGGGGUGGGAAGGGGUCAGGUCUUCCCAGUGCUACUCUUGCAAAAACAUUGUUUGGCAAAAAAACACCGACAAACCACCUCUGCUUUUCCUUAAUUUUUUGGAAAAUAUGAUUCUAGGCUCAAGUCAGUCAUGCAAGCCCCGUCAGGCAACGUGACUCUAUGUAGAAUGUCAUUGUAUUUAACUAUUUGGAGCAAGUUAAAUUUGGAGGGGGGGGAGAGCUGAGAUGUACUUUGGUUCAUACCAGGUUCAGCUAUCCUUCCCUGCUUGACAGCAGAUAGCGACACAGCUCUAAUUGUUUGCAAAGCUGUAGACUGUUGCGACUUAAGUUUGACAGUAGUGCAAAAGAUCUGGAGAGCUGGGAUCCUUGCCUAACCUUCCAUGUUGGCAAUGAAAGGAUUAAGUGAGAGGGGAAUUUGGAGGUAUAGCAACAGGGCAUUUUGAAUGUCAGCUUAGUCCGCAGAGGGAUGGAUCUGGCUCUCUUCAACAGGAUGGAACUAUACACACCCUCGGGCUCCGUAUCUGCAGCUGCACCCAUUAUUUUUUAUGGUAGGCCUGUUUCACUUGAAGAAAAAUCCUGUAUUCUAUCAUGAGUGGUCUGAUCAUGAAAGGUUUUUAAUUUGUUGAUGAUGUACAAACUGCACCCAUGUGAUAUAUUUUUGAACACGUGCAGAAAUCAUUGAAGUAAGUAAUGUACUGUGGUCUCGACUUUUUUAUUAUUAUUUUUUUCCCGUUUUGCAUAUGUAAUCUCAGCCUGUACAGGUAGGUAGGUAGCUUUAAAAAAAAAACCCUGUCAAUCUGUAAUUUUCUUCCCAUCCAUGGAUUGUGGAAUGCUCCUGUAAAUAAACAGCAACUCUGCUUGGUAUCUAA